AUGGCCGCUCCCACCACUACCACCGGCGCCAGCGCCAAGCCCGUCAUCGCUGUCCCCUUCUACUCUAUGUACGGCCACAUCGCGACUCUGGCCGAGGAGGUCGUUAAGGGUGUCGAGGCUGCAGGCGGUAUCGCCAAGCCCUACUUUAUUCAGGAGACUCUCCCCGAGGAGGUCCUCACCAAGAUGUACGCCGGCUCAUCCCUCAAGCCCAAGUACCCUCUCCUCGAGCCUCAGCACCUUACCGAGGUUGACGGCUUCAUCUUCGGCUUCCCGACUCGUUACGGUCGCGCUCCGGCUCAGGUCAGCACGUUCUUUGACAGGACGGGCGGCCUUUGGGCCUCGGGAGCACUUAGCGGCAAGUACGCUGCAACGUUUACCUCGAGUGCUGGCCAGCACGGUGGUCAGGAGGUCACCCACAUGACCACCUUGCCGUUCUUCGUCCACCACGGAUGCAUCUACGUACCCAUCGGUUACAGGGAGCCUUACGUCUCGGACGUGACCGAGGUUCACGGCACCAGCCCCUGGGGUACUUCGACUGUCGCCAACAGCGACGGCUCGCGUGUGCCUACCGAAGGCGAGAAGCGUGUUGCCCGCUUCCAGGGCGAGCACUUCACCAAGAUUGUCGCCCAGGCGGUCCGCGGCCGUCACUUGCUCGAGGCCGACGCUGCCAACGCUGCUGGUGCGCCCGGUGCUGAGGCUGUGCAGUCGUCACAGACCGCCGCUGCUCAGCCCGCAGGGGCUGCUCCAGCUGCUGAAACUGCUGCCCCGGCUGCGGCUGCGGCUGCUGGUGCGGCUGCUGGUGCUUCUGGCGCCGCCGUGACAGGUGCCGCGCGCAACGAGGCCCCUGUCGUCCGGGAAGCCCCCGCCGUGGAGACUGAGAAGCCUCCUGUUGUACCUGUCGAGUCUGCCGCGCCUGCCGCGCCCACCACACAGGACGCCAAGACCCUUGUGGCUGACGCCGCCCCCUCCGCUUCUGCCGCUCCUGCCGCUCCUGCUGCUCCUGCUGCCCCAGCAGCUGCCAGCCACGGCGCAACUGCCCCGGGCACCACGCGGCCAACGGCUCCUCUUCCCGAGAAGAAGAAGGGCGGCCUGUUCUCGUGCUGCUCGGCCAACUCGAUCGACUAA